AUGUCUCGAGAGAGUUUAGAUCAGAAACCAUUGCCUCCUCCAUCAAAGCCAAGGCCAGAGACAUCUAUUUUACAACCACCUUCAACUCUGACUAAUCAAGAUGAAGGCGACGUCAAAUCUCAAUCACAUCUCGUUACCGUCAAGCCUUUGACAGUGGAUACGUCAGCAUCUAUGGCUCAACAAAACACUUCAACUACAAAGAAACCAACUUUGAUCAAAUCCUCAUCCACCUCGACUAACAAUGGAGGUGCGCCUGCAAAAAUCUUAAAUAAUAGUAUUGCGUCACCCAUUUUUCAAAGUACCCCACUUCAAUCUUCCACCAAUGUUAGUGGUGCAACCAAUUUACCAGUCAGAAAUCAAAGCGUUUCCUUUUCCGAUAUUGAUAUUCAGGAAAAAUCAAGAAGGUUCACCAUAUCUGCUCAGCCUUCUUCAGUUAGUAUUCUGCAAGAUAACAAUAGCAACCCACAACAACAAAGACAACCAGGUUCAAACUUACCAUCAAGACAAUCAUCAAUUAAUAGAAAACGCAUUGGGUCUCCAAACUAUUCUACUCCAAAAGUCCCUUCCAAUACCAACACCAAUAGUAUCAUAAACACUAGUAUCACCUCAGCGACUAAUACUAACACUAAUACCACCGCUGCUACUACUACUACUAAUAAUAAUAAUAAUACCAAUAUUGCAUACAAUGACGUGUUGUCAUUCAUGACUAGUCAUACCCAUGGAAAAAUCAAUACCGACUCUCAUAUUCAUUCUUUUAAAGAAGAUAUUUCUUCCCCCACUACCCCAGAAGGAAUCGACCAUGGGUUUAAAUUUGACUAUCAAAAGGAUCCAAUAAAAAGAAUAAACUCACCAAGUCCACCACCAUUUACAAAUACUGCAAGUAGCCCUGCAUUCCACACUCCUUCACCACCGCUCCUUCCACAACAACAACAGUUGCAGCCACUGCAAAAGACAACGCUGAGUCCAAUUACAGCUAAGAGUAGUAAUACCCCUGCAGCAUCAGCAUCCAUUGCCAUUCCUCCUCCAGUGGUUCCAAUCAACAUUAGCGGUACAGGAAGUGCUAGCUCUUCAAGAAGAAGUUCGAUUAAAAAAUCGAAUAAACAAAUUGUAUCUUCUCCAAUUGGUCCACCAGUGCCAUUUCAACAAUUUUUAUCACGUGAAGAUGACGGUAAAUUCCAUAUUUUGUUGGCUUGUACUGGCUCAGUGGCUACUAUAAAAGUUCCUUUAAUCAUUGAUAAAUUAUUUCAAUUAUUUGGUACAUCCAAGAUUUCCAUUCAAUUGGUGGUGACUAAAUGUGCAAGUCAUUUCCUUCGUGGAUGUAAAAUUCAUAAUGAUGUAAAGAUUUGGCGUGAUGAAGAUGAAUGGGCUAAUUUUACUGACUAUUUUAGUACUUCAACAACUGUGUGCACUACUGAUCCAACUGCAAGUGAUAAUUUGGGUGUCAUUAAUAAGAAACCAAAGAAUCCAUACGAUAAAUUGAUUCUCCAUAAUGAGUUGAGAAGAUGGGCUGAUAUUAUGUUGAUAGCUCCAUUGUCAGCCAACAGUUUGGCCAAAAUUGCCAAUGGUCUUGCCGAUAAUUUAUUGACAAAUAUUGUCAGAUCAUGGUCUCCUUCAACAUCUCAACAGAUUAAGAAACCUAUAAUAGUUGCUCCAGCAAUGAAUACAUUCAUGUAUACCCAUCCAUUGACCGCCAAACAAUUAAACAUGAUUCAAUCUCCUGAAUUUGGAAUUGAAGUAUUGAAACCAGUUGAAAAGGUAUUAGUUUGUGGUGAUAUUGGAAUGGGAGGUAUGCGAGAAUGGGCUGAUAUUGUCGAUAUCUUGAGAAGAAAAAUCAAUUCAAUUAAAGCUGAACAAAAGAGGUUAUUAGAUGAAGAAGAAAGAUUGAAUGAAGAGGACGAAGAAGAUGAGGAUGAAGAAGAGGGUGAUGACGGCGAAGAAGAUGGUGAUGCGGACGAUGAUGAUGAUGACGACGACGAUGAUGAUGAUGACGAUGAUGAUGAUGACGACGACGAAGAUGAUGAUGAUGAUGAAGAAGAAAAUGAUAACCAAAUAACAAAUGUGACAUCGGGUUCAUCCAAAGGAUUAGCUAAUGGUAAUACUGAAGCACCAGAAUCUAAAGAUGACGAGAAUGAUGAAAUGAUAUUUGAAAUUACAGAUCAAGAGCAAAGUGAGUCAGAAAGUCAACAACAGGAUGAAGAAUAUCAAGAUAGUUCAUCAAUUACUAAAGAACGAACUGUUUCACCGGCACCAUCAACUCGUCGUACACAAAAAAUUAUAAUUCCAAAAGAAUCUCAAAAUCUUAUUUAG